UUAAAGCCAGAAGGUCGACUAACGCGGCUGCCGUCAAUCGUAAUAUUUCAAAAAUCGAAACAACGUCCUCUAGAACCACGCAAGAGACCAUUUUGCCAUAAACAAUACGUUUCAUUUAUUUGGUGACAGUGAGAGUGCCGGAGCUGAAUUAAAAUCAGUUUCAAAAGUGAGAAAUAAAGCCUAAAACUUGAUAUAAACCUAUCUCAUACUCUCAAGAGUGCAUCAGGGAGAGCCCGCGAGAGUAAAUCUCGCAACACUUACAUUGCCUCCACGUAAACCGGCAAACUGGAUAAUCUAAACAACAUGGAGGGCGGCGAGUCCACGGAGUCCACACACAACACCAAGGUGUCCGACUCGGCGUAUUCAAACAGCUGCAGCAACAGUCAGUCGCAGCGCAGUGGCAGCUCCAAGUCCCGCCUGAGCGGAAGCCACUCCUCCGGCAGCAGUGGCUAUGGCGGCAAGCCCUCGACGCAGGCCAGCAGUAGCGACAUGAUCAUCAAGCGGAACAAGGACAAGUCGCGCAAGAAGAAGAAGAACAAAGGGGCGGGGCAGACGCAGGUGCAGUCCCUGAUCUCGGCGGCGACAUCCCUGGAGGGAGCGGAGGAGAAGCCGCGGCCCAGUGGCAGUGGAUGCGGAGACGAGCAGACUUUGCAGGACCAGCAGCACGGCGAGGAUCGCAACGAGCCCGAGGCCACAGAGCAGCUGCAGCAGGAGGAGGAGGAUCAGUCCGGAUCCGAGUCGGAAGCGGAUCGGGGCGAGGGCGUAGCCAAGUCGGAUGCCCAGAGCUUUCCCAUCCCCUCGCCGCUGUCCGUGACCAUAGUGCCGCCUUCGAUGGGCGGAGGAGUGGGCGGUUGCGGCGGAGUGGGUCACGCCUCCGGUCUGGACAGCAGCCUGGCGAAAUUCGAUAAGACCUGGGAAUCAACCCCGGGAAAAAUGGAGUCCAUGACUGGAGUAGGUGCUGGAGCAUCCGGUGGGCAUCGAGGGGAGCGGGUCAAGGAGGACAGCUUCUGCUGCGUGAUAUCCAUGCACGACGGCAUUGUCCUGUACACCACGCCUAGCAUCACCGAUGUCCUGGGCUUUCCACGCGACAUGUGGUUGGGUAGAUCCUUCAUCGACUUUGUGCAUCUCAAGGAUCGGGCCACGUUCGCCAGUCAAAUAACCACGGGCAUACCCAUCGCCGAAUCCCGAGGCAGCAUGCCAAAGGAUGCCAAGAGCACGUUCUGCGUGAUGCUGCGACGCUAUCGAGGAUUGAAGUCCGGUGGAUUCGGAGUGAUCGGGCGAUCGGUCAGCUACGAACCCUUUCGGCUUGGCCUCACCUUCAGAGAGGCCCCGGAGGAGGCGCGACCCGACAACUACAUGGUCUCCAAUGGCACCAACAUGCUGCUCGUCAUUUGCGCCACUCCGAUCAAGAGCAGCUACAAGGUUCCCGACGAGAUUCUCUCCCAGAAGAGCCCCAAGUUCGCCAUCCGCCACACGGCCACCGGUAUUAUUUCGCAUGUGGACAGUGCGGCGGUAAGUGCGCUGGGCUAUCUGCCGCAGGACCUGAUAGGACGCAGCAUCAUGGACUUCUACCACCACGAGGACCUCACCGUCAUGAAGGAGACCUACGAGACGGUGAUGAAGAAGGGCCAGACGGCUGGCGCUUCCUUCUGCAGCAAGCCGUACCGCUUUCUCAUCCAGAACGGGUGCUACGUACUCUUGGAGACCGAGUGGACCAGCUUCGUGAAUCCGUGGUCCCGCAAGCUGGAGUUUGUGGUCGGACAUCAUCGAGUCUUUCAGGGACCCAAACAGUGCAAUGUCUUCGAGGCCGCGCCCACGUGCAAGCUCAAGAUAUCGGAGGAGGCCCAGAGCCGGAACACGCGAAUCAAGGAGGACAUCGUGAAGCGCCUGGCGGAGACUGUGUCCCGCCCGUCGGAUACGGUCAAACAGGAGGUCUCCCGUCGCUGCCAGGCACUCGCCAGCUUCAUGGAGACCCUAAUGGACGAGGUGUCUCGGGCUGACCUCAAGCUGGAGCUGCCGCACGAGAACGAGCUGACCGUCUCGGAGCGGGACAGCGUGAUGCUCGGCGAGAUCUCGCCGCACCAUGACUACUAUGACAGUAAGAGCUCCACAGAGACGCCGCCCAGCUACAACCAGCUAAACUAUAACGAGAACCUGCUGCGUUUUUUCAACAGCAAGCCGGUCACGGCGCCGGCGGAGCUCGAUCCGCCCAAGACGGAGCCGCCGGAGCCGCGGGGCACCUGUGUCAGUGGGGCCAGUGGACCGAUGAGUCCCGUGCACGAGGGUAGUGGGGGCAGUGGCUCCUCGGGCAACUUCACCACCGCCAGUAAUAUCCACAUGAGCAGUGUGACCAAUACGAGCAUUGCGGGCACAGGCGGAACGGGCACAGGAACGGGCACAGGAACGGGCACAGGUACUGGAACUGGGACAGGAACUGGGACAGGAACUGGGACUGGAACUGGGACAGGAACUGGGACAGGAACUGGGACAGGAACUGGGACAGGAACUGGGACAGGAACUGGGACAGGAACUGGGACAGGAACUGGGACAGGAACUGGGACAGGAACAGGGACAGGAACAGGAACAGGAACCGGUACGAGAACAGGAGGCGGAGGCGCCGCCACACCGCCCAUUACGCUCACCGAAUCGCUGCUCAACAAGCACAACGACGAAAUGGAAAAGUUUAUGCUGAAGAAGCACCGCGAGUCGCGGGGACGCACUGGUGAAAAGAGCAAGAAGUCCACAAACGACACCCUCAAGAUGCUGGAGUACAGUGGCCCAGGACACGGGAUAAAAAGGGGCGGUUCCCACUCGUGGGAGGGAGAGGCGAACAAACCCAAGCAGCAGAUGGCCUUGGGAACGGAUGCGGUCAAAGGGGCGGCAGGAAGCGGGGGAGCAGCCGCGGGCUCUGGUGGGGUGGGGUCAGGGGGAGCAGGUGUGGCAGGCGGAGGAGGAACCGGGCCAGGUGUAGUGGGAACACAAGACGGCAGGACCACGACAACAUCGGGAGCAGGAACCCCAGGAGGAGGGGGAGGAACAGGAGGGGCGGUCGGAGCCACCUCCUCGGUGGGCAGCUCCACGCCAGGACCCUCCUCGUAUCCCUCCUGCACCCAAAACAUUAACCUCUGGCCACCAUUCUCGGUGGGCAUCACCCCGCCCGUCCACUCCACGCACACGGCGAUGGCCCAGAGCAGCUUUUCCUCCGCCGGCCUCUUCCCGACGUUCUACUACAUCCCCGCCUCCUUGACGCCCACCAGUCCCACACGCUCCCCUAGAAUCCACAAGCACCCGCACAAGAGUGGCGUGGAGCUGCCCACCACCUCGCAGCAGGCAGCAGCAGCGGCCGCCCAGGCCAUGCCGCUUCAGUACAUGGCCGGCGUGAUGUAUCCACAUCCCUCCCUCUUCUACACACAUCCAGCGGCGGCGGCCGCCACGGCCAUGAUGUACCAACCGAUGCCCUUCCCCGGGAUGGCCAAUGCCCUACAGAUACCGGAGCGGCCGUUGGGCUCUCAGUCAGCCUACAACAAGACGGUGUACACAGCCACGCCAGCGACAAUGACGAAGAAGGUACCUGGGGCAUUCCACUCGGUCACCACCACCGCCCAGGUGCAACGGCCCUCCUCACAGACCACCUCCGUCAAGGCGGAGCCGGGUUCCAAUGUGGCUAUGUCGGAUCCCUGCAAGAAGGAAGUGCCCGACUCUUCUUCCAUUCCCUCCGUUAUGGGGGACUACAACUCCGAUCCGCCCUGCAGCAGCAAUCCCACCAACAACAAGAAAUACACGGACAGCAAUGGAAACAGCGAUGACAUGGAUGGCUCCAGCUUCUCCUCGUUCUACUCAUCCUUCAUUAAGACCACGGAUGGAUCGGAGAGUCCGCCGGACACCGAAAAGGACCCCAAGCAUCGUAAACUAAAGAACAUGACCAAUUCGGAGAGCAAGAUCAUGGAACACCCCGAGGAGGACCAGACGCAGCAUGGGGAUGGGUAGUAGCCAAACCCUCAGUUGCUGCUGACCGACGUACACAAUCGAGUGCACAAUGUCGAUCCCUAGGACGAACCAAGCAGCAAUCACCGAGGACAAGCAGGAAUCCUAGAAAAGAUUCUCCGAAUUUACGAACAUAUCCGUAGGAUAUCAACUAUUCUGAAUCUUAUUGAAGCAACGAAAACAGCAAGAUGAACUGGUGAAGAUUUCUUAAUAAUACCGAACCGGCUGGACUUGCAAAUUACAAAGAUCUCAAUUCAGAAAUAUUACAUGUGUCGAAAAAUAAAAUUCUUCAAAAAAUGCA